GUGCUACUAAAUUGGUGUACUGGUCGCAGAUGACGAAUGGGUCCAAGAUGUCGAGCACAACCAACAUGUUGAGCUGCUAAACUUUGUUCGAUGUUUGUAGGGCUCGGAGAAGUCUGUCAGCUAAAGUGAAGAGCUUGGAGGUAAUCGGAGAAUGUCUUCAAGGUAGCAGCAUACAGCGCGCCUCCCUUCCGAAACUCCCGGCGUGCUUCAUCAGCUGUUCGUCCGAAGAAACGCGUCUUCACCCAGGCACCGAUAACUAUUCUUCCUCCCUCACAUAGCACCCACCCACCAUGGCGACGACGAUAUAUGCCGACGGCCCCUCGUAUACAACGACGUCCUCGGCCGCGGGCUCGACAGCCUUCUUCGUCCUCUCCCUACUCUCGAUAUGCGGUCUUGUGCUGCUCCUGUUGCGCUACUACCUCCCUCUCCGCACAACGCCCGCACACGUUACCGUCCCUGUCUUCCUCGCCAUCGCGUUACCCGCUAGUAUUGUCGUACUGCUCCCCAUCGAUCUCGCGAGCAGCGCAGGGACGGACACAGACGGGGCAAGGGGCAUCUGGCUGAACGACACAGUCGUGUACAAGUCAUGGCGCAUUGUAUACUGGCUUACGUUCGCGCUCACGUGGGCGAUUCUGCCGCUGCUGGGCGAGUACUGCGACUCUGGAUACCGUGCGCCUAAGGCGAGGGUGCUGUAUGCGCUGAGGAGCAAUGGACGGUACUGGGCUAUCAUGCUGGGGUGUGGUAUCGUGGGGUCCAUAUAUUUGAUCUGGUACAAUGGGUUCGAGCUCGACACGUUCAAGUCGCUAGCCAUGGCACUGGCGUACACCUGGGGCCUGAUACUGGGUGUUUACCUCAUGGGACAUGGGCUGGUGGCAUUCCCAAGGAGCUUAUUCAGGUAUGCGAGUAUCAGCGGGCGGCUCAAGAAGAUCCAGGGACAAGCGCCGAAGGUUCAUGAGAAGUUGGUUGAAGCGCUGGAGAAGCUUGACCAGUAUGAGCAUCAGGUGGUGCAGCUCAAGCAGAGGAACAGCGGCACCGCAAGAGAGUUUCGAGGAUGGAUCGACGAGCUGGCAGAGAAAGGCAGUUUGCCAGAGAGCAGAGCUGGCAGCGUGGGGCGCUCAAGCGCAACGAAAAUACCACCCGUUAUCACAGAACGCUACCUAGCAGACCUUACGCGGCGCUUAAAGCGAGCGCGCCAUGCCAAAAACCGCUUCGAAAACGAGUGGGACAUAAUCAUCCGCAAAGCCAUCCGCACCCAAGCCAUCCUCGACUCAAAAGGCUCCCAACGCCUCGAAUUCAAACCCUCCGCCUACCCAUCCCCGCAACACUGGCACUCCCGCCUCACCCUCCUCACACCAUACACGCGCUACCACCUGCACGUCCACAUCAUCCCCGCCCUAACCUACUUCACCUGGUUCGUCACAAUCCUGGCCUCCAUAAGCAUAGUCUGGUCGGAAUGCGUGCGCGAAAUCCAAGAAAUCGGCGGCCACAAACUGUCCAUCAUCGGCUGGACCGUCGUGCACCGUCAGUCCUCGUCGCGCUCGCAGAUCGGUUUCGGAGGGCAGAUUAUUGCUGCGGCGUGGUUGUGCUAUAUGUGUAUAUGCGCGUUCUACUCGCUCACUGAAGUCAAGAUCUGGGGAAAUCGCGCGCUCGUAAGGCGGAAUACGUACCAGGAAUCCGCUACCUGGUACGGCUUGCAGGUCGCCAAGCUCACAGUCCCGUUAUCUUAUAAUUUCUUGACGAUGACGGAUAAGCCGAUCUGGGGCGAGACGAUGUUCCACAAGUUCCUCGGCCGGCUUAUCGAUCUCUCACCGCUGGGCAAGAACUUCUCAGCCUUCUUCCCGAUUUUCAUCCUCGUGCCUGUGUUCGCCACCGCGUUCGGGCUGUACGGCAAGAUCCGCAAUAUCUGCGGGUUUGGCGAUCUUCUCGAGGACGAAGAAGAUGAGGCAGGCGCGUAUGCGGCAAGUGGCUCCUGGCGCGAAGGCAGGGCACUGAUUGAGCGUGAAAUCCAAGGCUCGAGCGGCAAUGUCCUUGGGCUCAGCAGUCGAAGCGGCGCCUCCCCCUCUCCACCCAGUGAACCCUACACCGAUAACCCAGCGCUGUCAGCGGGUGAACCGAGCAGUAUCGCAGACACCACAUCUAACGCGCCGGCGCCUCGCACACGGCCUGAAAGACGCAGACCUGUUAUCGAGGACGAUGAGGAUACGGGCAACUUUUUCGAGAACUUCGCCAAUCGCGUCAAGGUUACGUUUGAGGCUACGGACUUCACCAUCUCCCGUCCCGCGUGGAUGGGCGGGGACGACGAAGUCGACGCCGGCAGACGAGCACGAGGGACGGAUCGAAGAGAAGGGCUCAUGAGUCUUUUUGGUGGGAGGGCUGAGGAGGGGAGGGUGAGGCUCUAAUCUUAGCGAUGGGCUUGGUGUUGAGGUGGAUCUGCAUUGCAUUGCGUGGACAUGGCGUUUUGGGUGUUUUUAAAUGAACACCGAUGGAGGAUUCGAUAAACUAGACUU